AUGCAGAAUGACAACAACAAAGAAGUUAUGCACCAAGUCAUCAACAAGUUAUGUCAUGACGAAGUUAUCUUCCAACAUUGCAAAAACCUCAAUGAUCCUGCCAAGAUUCGGAAUGUGAAGGAUAUUCUCAUUGAAUUCAAUAAAAGAGGGUACCUGGACAAUCAAGGUCGCUGGUCAGCAAAGAUAGAUUGUCCAGACCUGAAAGCACCACAUGUCACCCGCCAAGCUGUGGAUGUGGCACUCAAAUUGAAGUAUCUCCCUGGAUGUGCUGAAGAAUGCAAGCCUGACAUAUUUCUGGUGCCCUAUAACCCAUUGCAACCUCUUGUCCAGGAUUGGCAUCAAGCUGUCUCCCUUGUCAAGAUGAAGCAGCAUGGUGUUGACGUGCAGAAACAGGAAUGGUUUGACAAGACUGCCAAGUGCACAAACACAAUCUGGGGCUGUCAGGAUGCCCAUACAUUCGUCAUAAUGUUGCAGUACUUUGGCGAACAGUUUGCAUUUUCAUUUUUUGAUCGUGGAGGUGCCAUUUGCCCGGAUAUGCUAAAUAUAAUGGAUGAUAAGGAGGAAUACUUGAGGCUUGUGUUGUACCUAUCACUUGCUGAUCCCAGUAUGGUUUGCUUGGAGAUGUCCAUUGUGCACAAUGAUGUUGGGCAAUUUGUACAAUCAAAGGUUGUUGGACUCGUUCCGAUUGAGAUGGUACUGUUCAUCAGUAAUAACCUUCAUGGACGUGAGACCAUGGCUCGACACGUGACAUUAACACAAUGUCGCAUCGCUGAGGCAUUGCAGUCUGUUGGGACUUGGGAGGUCAUGAAGAAGUGGCUGAAGGGUAUGGAGGAUGAUGUGGCGGUAGUUGUGAAGGAUACUUGGGUCAAUCUCACCGCCCCCCAUACAGAGGGUAUGAUUCUCAAUUAUCUUCGACUCAAGGGUGUUAUGGGUGUUGCGCAGUUGCUUUUUGAGGGGCUUGUUGCCGGCCCUGCCAUCCCACCAUCACUCGAUCAACUCCACAAUCAUCCAGGGAUUGGUUCACUCAAGGACAUUGGAGCAAUAACUCAGACUGGGGGCCUCAAUGUCUGGUGCAGCACCGUAUACAAUUGGUCUUUUCUGGGCGUGUCCACCCUUGCGCUGGCGCACAAGAGCAUGACAAAGAGUGUCAAUGCAUAUGAUCGUCAGCACCCCAUUCAUGAAGGUAGCGAAAGCAAGCUGAAACUCAUAACAUGCGAAGUGUACCAGGAGCGAAUGCUAACACAAUCUUGGCUAUAUCUGCUAUGCACACCAAUCUAUGAGUUCAGCUGUGUCUAUGAGGCAUUGGUUGGCAUUGCGGACUGCAUCAAAUCCCAUGGCCAGGCAUUUUCACCAUAUUGCAUUUUGGAAAAUGGCAGUGAGACCAAUAAGCUUUUCCCCAUCUCAUUCAUGCAAGCAGAUACCUCAAUGUGGAACAUGGGCCUCGUCCGUCCAACACUGUCAGACUGGGGAGCAGUUGAUCCCACCGAACUCGGCGAGAACAAUGAGAUUCGACAAGGCCUACUAUAUGAUCAUGCCUUUGCUUCCUGCCUCCUGCCAAAGAUUUUCACUGCUCAUACCCCGCUUGUUCCUGCCCCUGCUUCCUCUAUUCCACAUGCUCUCUCUAUUCCGGCUCACACACCCUCUCCCAAUACUCCCCCUCAAUGUCCUCCCAUUCCACAUGCUCCCUCUAUUCCAGCUCACACUCCCUCUCCCAAUACUAAAUGUCCUCCUGUUCCACUUUUUGACACAGCAUCUACUUCCAUGGUCCCAUCACAGCCAGAUGUUCCGUAUGCUUCUGCCCCACCACCUAAUUUGUCUCUGCCAUUGCGUGGAGGGCGGGGAACAGGUAGACCUAAAUACAGGGGACGCAGUGGUGGUGGACGCAAAGGUACUACUGAAACUAUUACUGGGGAAGUAUCACCCUCAACUGCUGCCAGUGGUCAGCCACCCUCCGAUUCAGUCUCUUCUUGCCUAUGCAAACGCACCCUUACUAGUUCGGCUGAUAACCCACCAAAGCGACUUGCUUGCUAUGUGCCCAAGGUCCACAUCAAGCCCAAAGAUGUGGUGCAAAGUCUCCAAGUUGACAUUGCAGGCUAUGGGUCUCCAACAACGGAUGAGGAUCUGGAACGCUUUGCAGAUAAGGGUGGCAUCUAUGAGUUGACAGGCACUCGCACUUGGAUGGCCAUUCAGACGAUGCUCGCUCAACAACCAGGUACAGAUGUCAUUCGACGCGAGAUAGUCCAUGAUCUGGAGGGCUACUAUUAUGUCAUCCUGACACUCGCCUUCAUGUUUGAUGGGCUGUACGCAUUGAAAAAAGUUCCAAACACUGACAUGGCAAGUGGGGCAGAGAUGUGGCUUCAUAGGUGGCUUGAAAAUACCAUCGAGAUGGAGAUUUGGCAAGAAGCGGUGGAGAAACAGCACUAUCUUGGUACCAAUGCAGGGUUUUCUAUGGUGGAGGGGCUGUUAGGUGAGGACUGGGCGAUCAAGCCCGUGAAGAUGAUGUUGAAGGAGAUGAGAGAGCAUCUUUUCACUAAUGCUGCACCGACCCACUCAGGAAUGCUCGACAUCAUCACCAAUGCCCUUGUCAAGAUACGUACAAAUCCUGAUCUUGCCCAUCUCUGCAAGCCUCAGAAAAUGACGAUGGAGUGGGCAAAGGCAACUGGUGGCAAUGGGGUUCCCAGCCGCUCUUCCAUCCUUCCUACACUGCGAAUGAAUUUGCUGUAUCAUAAGGAGCAUCAAGAUCCAGAACUCAAUCUCUUUGCAUGCAUGCCCUGUCCCCUAGUGCAAGAACGCAGGGUUAUGCCAGGCACCUCAUCACAGGCCAACAAACCCACAGGAGGGAGAACAGUGGAUCACAUGAAGUGGUAUAAACUUGGGAAGAGAAGAGAGCUGGAUAGAGAGAAUGAUGAAGAUAUGGAUGAGUUCAGGAUUGAGGGUCUACCUAAUGGGCUAGCGGAUGAGGUGGAUGAGGCACUUUUUCAUUUGAUUCCUCUGGGCCCUGAUAGGAUGGACCACGAUGCCCAAGACAUGAUGGAUGUUGACAUUCCCAUACAUGACGACCACCCUGUGCCAGGUCCAUCAAGACAUCCACACUCUUUACAGGCGGAGGGUGACACACGCGUAACAGAGUCCCAUCCCACUGCAGGCAGAGUCAUACGCAUUGACCAGUCAGUGCAUGCAAAAUGGCGAUUACAGUUUGGAUUGUGUAAUGAAGCUGAGAGUUCAGUGCCAGAAGAUCAAGAUGAUGAUAGUUUAUUUUAUCCCUUCACCUCGAGACCAGACUGGCAGGUAGGAUGUUGGGCGGUGCAGGAGGGUAUUGGACAUAAGGCUUUUGAUAGAUUAUUGGCCAUACCAGAGGUUAAGGAUUGUCUUGGACUAGCAUAUCACAACACUCGUGGACUUCACCAGACUAUAGACAGCAUCCCCCCUCAUGCUAAAUGGACUCUCCUUGGCAAUCCUGCCCAUGCUAAAGAUAUCAUAUACAAGCCUGCAACUGUAUUCACCGACGACACUCAUUCUUCACACAUAUACAAUGAAAUGUGGACUGGUCGUUGGUGGCAUGCCGUUCAGGAUAGACUUCCAGAGGGAGCAUCAGUUGUGCCAGUCAUUAUUGUCACCGACAAAACCCAGCUUACAAGAUUCUCUGCAUCAAAAUCUGCAUAUUCUGUAUACCUGACUUUGGGCUAUCUAUCGGUAGACAAAAUUCUCAAGAAUGAGCUAUCUGCCAGAGAGGUUUCUGCUAGAGUCCACCAUCUAUUUCAUGCCUCCUUGCACAUUAUUCUUGACCCUCUGAAAGAAGCUGGGAAAGAAGGAAUAGAGGUUGUUGGGGAGAUGGACUUGUUCGCAUGGUAUUCCCCAUCCUUGCCUGCUAUGUUGCCAACUAUCCAGAACAAUGCUUGGUUACUUGUACCAAGUACAGUACCUGUCCUAAAUGCCCCUUGGACUGCCUCCAUCAUUGAUGAUGCCAAUAUCAGCACUACCACCAAUGCAGCAUUCAGAAAACAGUGUAUGUUGCAUGAUGUUGCUGGAGGCGUCUUUGAGCCUUUUUGGCUUGAAUUUCCUCACUGUGAUAUUCAUCUGGCAAUUACAUCUGAUGUCCUACACCAGCUCUACCAAGGCAUGUUUAAACAUAUGGUAGAGUGGUGUCAGGAACUUAUGGACGAAGAAGAACUGGACCAGAGGCUAUGCACACUUCCUCCAUGUUAUGGUGUUCGCCAUUUUCACAAAGGCUGGACUUCAUUGGGUCAAAUUGGUGGCAAGGAACGCAAACACAUGGCUAGAGUACUAUUGGCCUGUCUUGUAGGCAAGGUCCCCAGGGGAGUUAUUCUAGCCUACCGCGCUCUCUUGGAUUUCAUAUACCUCUCCCAAUACCCAACUCACGAUGACACUACUCUGGAGUAUAUGCAACAAGCCCUAAAGGACUUCCAUCAUCACAAGGAAGUCAUCAUCAAUUUGGGUAUCAGAGACAAUCUCGAUAUUCCAAAAUUUCACUCAUUACAACACUACCUGGAGAACAUCCAGAACUUUGGGACAACAGAUAACUACAACACUGAGAUGUUUGAAAGAUUUCAUAUUGAUUUUUGCAAAGAGGGUUGGUAUGCAUCUAAUGGGAGAAAUGAGAAACCUCAGAUGAUUGCUUGGCUUACAAGAAGGGAGAAGGUUGCAUCUUUUCAAAGCUAUCUACAGAUGACUAUGGAGGAUGAAGAUGAAGAAUUUUCCCACUCCAGAUUUCAAGAUCAACAUAUAAUCCUCCCCAAAAGCCCUCAUCAGAUUCAUCGCCACAUUGCUGAUAUUAUGCUGGACCACUCUUGCAAUGGCUUUAAGAAGGAUCUUAUCUUCUAUCUCAAUACUCAAGUAGAUCAACCUUAUUCCAGAGCUCAACUUCAAGACAUUGAUCUUCCUCUCAGUCAUAUAGACAUUUACCAUGGGUUCAAAUUCUGUUUGGACUCAUUAGGUAAUGAUGUUGACUUUGAUUAUGAGGAGUUGGAUACAGUCAAGGCAAAACCUCCAAUGGGUGGCAAAGCAGGAUGCUUUGAUACAGUAGUGGUAAUGGAUGGGUCAAAUUGUGAAAGUACUGGUUUACAAGGUUAG